AUGACUGUUACCAGCCUGCUCGAAAAACUUCCCGACGAGAUCUUCCUCCACAUCCUUUCCUUUCUAGAAUCGCGCGACGUCGUUAUUCUCCAAAGCGCUUCCAAACAUUUCUUAGGAUUAUGUCGAGAUGGUAACUUCUGGAGAGAUAGAAGCUUAUCCGCCUCGGCCGUGAGUGAACGCAUUAGGCUAUCCCGACUGGGCUCUGAUUGGAUAGACGAAGAUGGCGCGACAUUGACCGGCGUGCCUACGGCUGCAGGACAAGCGAACCAGACACAAGAUGAUCAAAAUGCGGUGCAUUGGAACCGACUCGAAAGUUUAUCUCAGCUAUCAUCUAAGAGAAGGAAGCGGGAACAAGCUCGUAUUGCCGCUAACUGGGACCCGACAUUUCCUAACGAAAAGACGAAUUGGUAUAAUGAAUACAUUCAUCGAUAUGGACCUAUUGCGGUUAGCUGGUUCGAACAGCCUCAAGUUCAGACAGGCUCUAUAAGGACCCAUCUAGAUGCUAGCGGGAUUGCUCUAUAUAACCCACCAGGCGGAAACGAGCUCUUUGCAGUAUCACCACUCGAUGAUGGCUCUAUUUGCCUGUGGGAUGUAAAAGGUACUCGAAGUAGGAAGGGAUCAAUACUAUCCAGAUCUAACCCUGGUCUCUUGUGCGCUGACGGUCCGGGCGCUGAUCUAUCAAGACGUUCGAAGAUGAUCAAUACAGGGGUGACUGAAUGCGUCAGCAUUGACAGCGUAAAUCAUGUAGCCUUUUUCGCUAUCCAGAGCAAUCUUAUCGAGGUCGACCUCAAAACGCUACAAGUCGUCGAGGAUUAUCCUUUCGAAUGGUCGAUUACUACGCUCUCUCCUGCCGAUCCCAACGUCCCCUUAACAGUCGGUACGAUCCAUGGCCUACACUUUCACGAUUCUAGAGCGAGAUCGAAAUAUCGAAACGAACACCAUAUACAAUUAGAUAAUAUUAGUAGAAAGAGCGGCCGGAAUUUCUCCCACGUAUUAGAUCCUAGGCCGCUAGCCCCGUACGCUUCUCUUGCUCAGUCGGGACCUCAGAGCAUUCUCCACCUCGGACGCUCGGACACCAGCCAACUAUCGGACGAUAUCUUCGUAGCAGGACGGUUCUCAAAUAUUUUACAUUACGACAGGCGUAUGUUUCCAACGAUCAAGGGAUCAGUCCAUUCGGGGGCCCGGCUCUGUAGUCUCACAUCACUUCCAUUCCCUUUUGCCACUCUAUACAGCGAUCUCCGCCAGCGCAUCCUACCUUCCGACGAACCAAUCGAGAAGGGUAGGAGCACGGCCAACGGAAGAACCCUAAUAGCGUGCGGCGAGUAUAGUACCAAGGGAUCACUCGAAUUGUACGGCCUGUCCCCUGGCGCGGACGACUCACCACGAGAGCCGGUCAUCCAGAAGUCUUCCUUGAAGAACCGACAGACAGCUUCGCAGUCGAAGCUCCUCUCCGUCAUGAAUCACGGCACCAGAAUCGUCUUCUCCGACGGGCAAGGAUACCUAAAGUGGGUCGAGAGGGACGGCUUUACCGAAGUGCGCCGUCACAAGAUCGGUAAGUCCGAAAGAGUCGCCCAGCGCUCGCUCUUCGGGUCGAUGCCCGGGUCGGACGACAUCGCAAGAAAGAUCCUAUCCACGCGGACGCCGGGGCAAGACGGCGAAAUCCAGGCUAACGACGAAGACAUCCUCUUCUGGACCGGAGAGAGGUUGGGAAUGCUCAGCUUCUCGUCCCAACCUGGAUUCUCUCCGGAGGAUUUCGAGGAAAACACCAGGACGCCGGAAGAUAUCGCAGCAGAAGAAGAUGAACAAAUGUACGGCGAGAGAAUGAGGCUAGCGCUAGAACGACAGGCUCGAGACGUCCGGUUCGUGCAGAACCUCGGGGCUGGCAGCCUCCACAGCGGAAUCUAA